AUGCUGUCUGGCCACGGCUGUUUUGGCAAGUAUCUGCACCAAAUUGCCGGUAGGGAACCAACACCGAGGUGUCACCACUGCCCUGAAACCAACGACUCCGUCGCCCACACGAUUUUCGAUUGUCCGGCAUGGGAAGCCGAGAGGCGACCCAUCGCCAAUAGUACUGGAAUUGACGCGUCGUCACUCGCGGAGGUCAUCUCCAAGAUCCUCCAAUCCGAGGAGUCGUGGAAGGCGCUCCACGAUUUCUCGGAGCACGUGAUGGCCACCAAGGAGAAUGCUGAAAGGGAACGUGAGGCCGACCCGGCAUCCGCCCCUCUCCGGCGAAGAAGAGCAGGUCGGCGCCGACGGAUAUUUAUUCGCCAGGCGUAG